AUGUUUGGAAAUAAGCAUCCCAAUAAUCCAUCAAAUUUGGAUGCUAGAAUUAAGGAAGAGAGUAAACUGAAAUACUUUUCUGAUUAUGUUCGGGAUAAGGAAAUAACAAAUAGAAAAGUAGAUUUUUGGGAAAAGAACAAACCAAAGUAUUCACUUCAACGAAUCGUGAGUGGAAGAUAUCCAUUGAUUUCAUCAAGAUCUGAAUAUAAUAAAUCAGUGGAGCAAAGAAGAUUAAAAUUAAUUGAAUUACAGCAAAUUGAAAAACAACAAUAUCAAAUGGAAUUGUUGCAUAGAACCUUUAAAUGA